CCCGCCAUGGCGCCAGAGGAGAGCGCGGAAGCUGAGAGCCUGCUGCCGAGUUUCGAGCGCCGCUUCCUGGCGGCGCGCACACUGCGUUCUUUCCCCUGGCAGCUAGUUGUCAUUCUAGCCAUUGCUGCUGCCCAUUUAAACAGUCAACGUCCUCAGGACACCGGGAGACCAAUUGCAGUGAGCGCAGUGACCAAGUCACAGACACCCACACCUCCCUCCCCGGCCAGGCCUCGGUGUUCUCAUCUGUACCGUCAGCAUUGGACAAAAUCCUCUCAGAGGCAGUUUGAGGCCCUUAUGCCUGUGAUGGAAGAGACAGGGAGGUACAAAACAGGCCAGAAGAGAGAGGAAAGAAGUCUCACCUCCCCUGCCCUGGAGACCUGCACAGGCAAAUGACCAUGGCAGCAGCUUCCUUCUGCCAAUGCAGGGGCUCUAAUGAUGCUGCCUCCUUCGUAAUUCAUGUGCGGUGCCAGGAAUCAGCAGUACACAUUACAGAUGAGGCCCUGCUUGGAUGGGAGAGCCAGAGAAUAAACAGAGCCUAGAAGAGAAAUUAAGGGACUCAUCAGGUCCUGAGCUGCUGCUGAAUAUUUUGCAGAAGACUGUGAAACAUCCUCUGUGUGUGAAGCAUCCGCCAUCAGUGAGGUAUGCCCGGUGCUUUCUCUCGGAGCUCAUCAGAAAGCAUGAGGCUGUCCACACGGAGCCUUUGGACGAGCUGUACGAGGCGUUGGCAGAGGUCCUGAUGGCUGAGGAGCCCACCCAGUGCCACCGGAGCUAUCUGCUGUCCUGUCCUUUUGAGAAGGUCAGAUGGAUGGAAUCACACAAUGUGUGGCCUUCUGAGAUUGGCUUUCUUUGUGCAGCGUUAACACCCUCGAGACCCAUCCAGCCUUCUGGAGACUCAGUCACGCUCUCUGAGAGCACAGCCAUCAUUUCCCAUGGCACCACCGGCCUGGUCACGUGGGACGCUGCACUCUACCUCGCUGAAUGGGCCAUAGAGAACCCGGCCGCCUUUGCUCACAGGACUGUCUUAGAGCUCGGCAGUGGAGCUGGCCUCACAGGCCUGGCCAUUUGCAAGACAUGCUGUCCCAGCACGUACGUCUUCAGCGACUGUCACAGCUGUGUUCUUGAGCAGCUCCGAGGAAACAUCCUUCUCAAUGGCCUCUCAUUGGAACCAGACACCACUGCCCCUGAAAGGCACCCAGGACAUAAUGCCCACGACGCAGAGAGCCCCAGGGUGACAGUGGCCCAGCUGGACUGGGAUGUUGUGACUGCUCCUGAGCUGGCUGCCUUCCGGCCGGACGUAAUCAUAGCAGCAGAUGUGCUGUAUUGCCCAGAAACUGUCAUCUCCCUGGUCAGAGUCCUGCAGAGGCUCUCUGCUUGCCUGAAGGACCAGCAGGCUCCUGACGCCUACAUUGCCUUCACCGUCCGCAGCCCGGAGACCUGCUGGCUGUUCACCAGCGAGCUAGGCCAGGCUGGGAUCCCAUGGGAAGCAGUGCCUCAUCACAACCAGAAGCUGUUUCCCUAUGAAGAGCACUCAGACAUGGCAAUUUUGAAACUAAUGCUGUAGGUUUACAAACGCUUUUAAAGAUUAACAUAAAAAUUAAAUCACCAUCCUGGAAAGAAUUUUCAUGUAGCAAAGCUGAUAAAAUUUUCACUGGACCUGAAUGCUUGAAGAAUGUUAAAUUCAGAAUCGGGAACUGCAAACUGUGUUCUAAUAAAAUAUAAACUAU